GCAGCGGAGUCGCGGCACCGGGCGUCGGUCCCGCGCGCCAUGAGCUCCGCGCGGCCGAGCGUGCUGCCCGCAGUGCUGCGCCUGCUGUCCCUGCUGCUGCUGCUGCAGCUGCCGACUCCACCGGGUGUCCGGGGUGACUGCGGCCUUCCGCCAGAAGUGCCUAAUGCCCAGCCAACUCUUGAAGGGAGUACCAGUUUUCCUGAGAAAACCACAAUAACAUAUAAAUGCAACGAAGGCUUUGUCAAAAUUCCUGGGAAGACAGACUCAGUGGUCUGUCUUUCCAACAAUCAAUGGUCAGAGUUUAUAGAAUUCUGUAAUCGUAGCUGUGAUGUUCCAACUAGGCUACUUUUUGCAUCCCUCAAAAAGGAUUAUAAUACGCAGAAUUAUUUCCCAGUUGGUUCCACUGUGGAAUAUGAGUGCCGACCUGGAUACGCAAGGGACCCUUCUCAGUCUGUAAAACUAACUUGCCUUCAGAAUUUAACAUGGUCCAAAGCAGCUGAAUUUUGUAAAAAAAAAUCAUGUCCUAAUCCUGGAGAACUACGAAAUGGUGAUAUCAAUAUCACAACUGGCCUAUUUUAUGGUUCACCCAUCUUCUUCUCAUGUAACACAGGGUAUAGAUUAGUUGGCGCAUCUUCUAGUUACUGUACUCUUUUUGACAGAACUCUUAAAUGGAGUGAACCAUUGCCAGAGUGCGUAGAAAUUUACUGUCCAGAACCAACCCAAAUUGACAAUGGCUAUAUUCAAGAGGAACACGAAGUUUAUGUAUAUAGACAGUCUAUAACAUAUGGAUGUAAUAAAGGAUUCACCCUGGUUGGAGAGAGCUCCAUUUAUUGUACUGUCAAAGAAAACGAAGGAGAAUGGAGUGACCUGCCACCUCAGUGCAUAGGAAAAUCCUCAGGUUCCAAGCCUUCACCGACAGCUCAGAAGCCCACCACAGUCAGUGUACCAGGUACAAGAGCCCCACCAACACCACAGAAACCCACCACAGUAAAUAUUCCAGCUACAAGAGCCCCACCAACACCCGAGAAGCCCACCACAACCAGUGUACCAGCAACACAGCGCCCACCUGUUCCCAAAGCAACCACGAGUUUUUAUACAACAAGAGUAACGGAAGGAAAAGAAACUUCUCCUUCAGGUGCUGUCAGUCUUAUAUAUGGAUUUGUUGCUGCUGCUAUAAUAAUUGGUAUCCUAAUUCUAGUCAAAAUUUUCUGGGACUAUGGAAAAUCAGGGGCACACAUGUAUAACUUUGACAGUUUUGCUUGUGACGCUAGGAACCAUUGGCUAUCUGACUUAGCCAAAGAAGAGUUAAGAAGAAAGUGUACUCGUGUACACAGAAUACUUGUAGUUUGUUAGAACGUUCUGGAGAAGUGGAUACAAUAAAUGCAGUAAUUCUCUAUGUUUUACAUGUUAUUCUUGUGUUUAAGGUGUAUUGGGAAUGUUAACAAAGCAAGGACAAAAGAGUGUGUCUGGAAUCACGUUCCCAGUAUACCUAAGGCCUCUUGAGAAUAGAACAACUCCCAGAAUGGAGGGUGAUCACUCCUGAAAGUGUAGAGAUAGACUGGGAAUGUGAAAAAAAGGAAAUAACUGUUUGUUUUUGUUUUUUUCACUAGAUGUGUUAUUUUAAUUUAAUGAAAAGUAAAAAGUUAAAAAUAUUAAUUGGCUAGCAAAAAACAAACAACAGAAUCUAGUGUCUUCUAAACAGAAUUGCCAAAAAGAGAUGAAUCACAUUCUAAAAUGAUCUUGUUCUGUCAGAAAUUUUCAUCUCUACUUAGUCUAUUACUUGUGAAAUGAUUAAACUGUAAUUUUGUCCUGAGGACAAAUAUUUUGUUUUGUUUUCCCCAGUAAAAGAGAAUUGUGAAAA